AGGCCUGGCCAUGCCGCUGGUCGCCCACGCGCUGGAGCAGCAGCGCCGCUUCGAGGGAGUGGAGGCCGCCGCCAAGGCGAAGGCGCAGGCGCACAGCUCGGACCGUGUUCAGGAGGUGGCUGCGUGGAAAGACGCCGUCGGAGUGCUUCAGCAAGGACUAGUGCCAUUGAUGAACUCCCUGGAGGGUGCUGAAGAGCUCCUCCAAGGGCUCUAUGCUGCCCUAAGGGAGCCCCUCCGGAGCAUGUUCAAGGAACUCCACAGUGGCUGGCAGAAGCACAGCCGCUACAAGGGCGAAACUUAGCCUCUGGUCCCCUGGCGGCAGACCUGCGCCGACCCCGUGGAACGUCGACCCGACCUACGGAGAUCGGGUCGUAGCCGGUCCCCCCAGGCCGAAGGUGUCGCAAGGCCCGUGUGGCCGAUGCUGAUCGAGUGGAAAAUGCCCGGUGAAACGAUGAGGGAUGGGAGUGCCGCAAGAAGAUGGG